UGACAAACACAGAGAUCUUGUGAUUAUCCCAAGACAGAACCAGAGUAAAAGACCUGUCUGGUUUAUUUAAGAAGUCUUUAUAUUUUUUUUGUCGGAAAAUCUUAUAGACAUGGCUUCAGGAGGAUCAAAGUCGGCAGCUUUCAUGCUUCUGAUGCUGAAUCUUGGUCUUUAUUUCGUCGUCACUGUCAUCGCUUCAUGGGCUGUUAAUCACGGCAUCGAGAGAACUCACGAGUCCGCGUCGACACUGUCACUUCCGGCGAAGAUCUUCCCGAUAUACUUCCCAGUGGGGAACAUGGCGACUGGUUUUUUCGUAAUAUUCACGUUGAUCGCCGGCGUCGUCGGAAUGGCCACAUCACUCACCGGAAUCCUCAACGUUCUUCAGUGGGACUCUCCGAAUCUCCACUCCGCCGCGGCUUCCUCUCUCAUCUCCUGGUCUCUCACUCUCCUCGCCAUGGGAUUGGCCUGCAAGGAGAUCAACAUUGGCUGGACCGAAGCCAAUCUAAGAACUCUUGAAGUUCUGACAAUAAUUGUGAGUGCUACUCAGUUGGUGUGCACCGGAGCUAUUCACGCUGGAGUCGGAGAAACAGUCGCCGCCGGUGAAAGGCCUCAUCUUGGGAGAGUUUGAGUUUCAAGAUUCUUCUUAAAAGCGGUUUUUCAUUUGCUUAAGAUCGUGUAAUUUGUGUGCUGUGUCUUGCGUGUGUGUUUAUUCUUUUGUUUUGUACUGUUUGAUUAUUAUGAUCAUGUAAAAUGAUUAGUUGAUGUGACGAAAAAAAAAAAAAAGAGACUGAUAAUAAUAUUACACAUUACAUUCUUUGCUGUCGCAUCAAACGAUUUGAUUCUCUAAACAUGCAUGAUCUGCAUCUUCUCCGCCCAUUCCCAAAAAAAAAAAAAAAAAAAAA